AUGUGUCCAGUUGAAUCAGUUAGACAGACGACGUGUUCGUCGAGAAGAACAUCAAAUGGUAAAGUAUCGCUGAAGAUGAUAGAGAAACGCUUGAGUCAUUUGAGACAACAGUUACGAAAUUUAACUAAACGGCAAAUACCUCAUACAAUCAGUAACCUCCUCGCAGAACAAGACAGUGAUGAUCAUGACGAACAUCAAAGGCAAUACAAACAACGUUUACAUCAAUUGUUAAGAUUAUACGACAAACAAGUGAAAAGUUUGAAUCAUUGGCAUAAUUAUCGCUCGGAUAUUAUUGAUCACAUGUAUCGCUAUGAAAUCCAAUUGUCGAAAGAAACAUUUCAAACGCAAAAACUCGAUUGUAAAUUGAAACUACUUGCGACAUGGCACGAUCAACGACGUUUUCUCGAUUUCAAAUAUCAAAAUAUUAGUAUUCAUUCUUAUAACUUUCCAGACCAUGAUCCACGUCUACGCAAUCAAUCGACUGAUGGCAACGACGGGCUUCCACUCGAUGGGCACAUCUCCAACGAAUCGACACAACGUUCAACGUACAAUCUCAGACGAGCGAUAGGCAGUGAUUGUUCUUCGGAGACUUCCUCACUAACAUCGACAUCGUUGAAAGACUUGUCAAUCUUCAGUCGAAGCAAUUCUCUUUUACCACCCUUCGGUGGAAUUGAACUGCAACGUUGUUUAUCAACAACAGUCAUCGAGCAGGAUAUUCAAGACAUUCAAAGGAAUCUUUUUCAUACUGAAAGGCAUCUAUUCACUCAUCAAGUUGAUGAGCCGACAAGAAGGUCGUCUUCAAUUGACGUACGAAUUGAAGAUGGUCGUUUGUGGUACCAGAACGCCUGGUUUGCUCGUAAUGCGCAUAUCUUUCUCGUCUUUGAUGGUCUAGAAAUCGUCCCCGCACUUGUUUUGUCUAUCGGCCGAAACGAUUUGCUUGUACGCCGUUUAGGAGCGAAUGUUAAACAUCGUAUUAGUCUUUCACUUCUACACGACGGCCAUGUGACUAUUCGUAAACGAAAUUGUAACACAUAG